AUUAUCCCAUUGAUCCCUAUGGUGUUAUCCCUCUGUUAUCCCUAUGCUGUUAUCCCAUGUUAUCCCAUGUUAUCCCAGUGUUAUCCCAUUAUCCCUAUGUUGUUAUCCCAUAUUAUCCCUAUGUUAUCUCUGUUAUCCCAUAGCCCCUCUGGCUGCUCUGCAGACGAGGAGGAGCUGCUGCUCUAUGGGGCCUCGGGCGCCCCCUGCAGCCCAGCAAGGGAAGAGCCUCGAGGCAGGAGCUGCCCCGAGAGGGAGAGUGAGAGUCCUGACCCCACACACUGGUGCCUGGUGGCCAGGGAGGGAGGCAGCCUGGAGAUCUACCACCUCCCCGAGUGGCGCCUGGUGUUCCUGGUGAAGAACUUCCCCAUGGGGCAGCGGGUUCUGGUCGACAGCUCCUUCGGGCACCCGGUGCCAGGGGCUGCAGCAUCGGAGCCUGGGCGCCAGGGGGAGCUGCCCAUGGUGAAGGAGCUGCUGCUGGUGGGGCUGGGGCACCGCAGGGCCAGGCCUUACCUGCUGGCUCACGUGGAUCAGGAGCUGCUCAUCUAUGAAGCCUUCAGCCACGAUUCCCAACUGGGGCAGAACAACCUCAAGGUUCGCUUCAAGAAGGUUCCCCACAACAUCCACUUCCGGGAGCGGAAGCCGAAGGGCUCCCGCAAGAAGCCGGAUGCUGGGGAGGAGCUGGGGGGGCCCCGGCCCCGCCUGGCCAGAUUCCGGCCCUUCCAGGACAUCUAUGGAUACUCUGGAGUGUUCAUCUGUGGCCCGUGCCCCCAUUGGCUGCUGGUCACCAGCCGUGGGGCUCUGCGCCUGCAUCCCAUGAGCAUCGAUGGAGCCGUCGACUCCUUCGCCCCCUUCCACAAUGUCAACUGCCCCAAAGGCUUCCUCUACUUCAACAGACAGGGUGAGCUCCGCAUCAGUGUCCUCCCUGCCUGCCUCUCCUAUGAUGCUCCCUGGCCUGUGCGCAAGAUCCCCCUGCGCUGCACCCCCCACUACGUGGUGUACCACCUGGAGUCAAAGGUUUAUGCAGUGGCCACAAGUGUCAUCAACUCCUGCACCCGGAUCCCAAGGAUGACAGGGGAGGAGAAGGAGUUUGAGAGCAUCGAGCGUGACGAUCGCUAUGUGCACCCUCAGCAAGAGGCUUUCUCCAUCCAACUGAUCUCCCCUGUGAGCUGGGAAACCAUCCCCAACACCAGGAUUGACCUGGAUGAAUGGGAACACGUCACCUGUAUGAAAACCGUCUCCCUGCGCAGUGAGGAAACCGUCUCCGGCCUCAAGGGUUAUGUGGCUGUGGGCACGUGUCUGAUGCAGGGGGAGGAGGUCACCUGCAGGGGACGGAUCCUGAUCCUGGACAUCAUUGAGGUGGUGCCGGAGCCAGGGCUGCCCCUCACCAAGAACAAGUUCAAGGUCCUAUAUGAGAAGGAGCAGAAGGGACCAGUGACAGCUCUGUGCCAUUGUGCUGGGUACCUGGUGUCUGCUAUAGGGCAGAAGAUCUUCCUGUGGAGCCUCAAGGACCACGACCUCACAGGCAUGGCCUUCAUUGACACCCAGCUCUACAUCCACCGCAUGAUCAGCGUCAAGAACUUCAUCCUGGCUGCUGACCUCAUGAAGAGCAUCUCCCUGCUGCGGUACCAGGAGGAGAGCAAGACCCUGUCCCUUGUCAGCAGGGAUGCGAAGCCCCUCGAGGUUUACAGUGUGGAUUUCAUGGUGGACAGCACCCAGCUGGGAUUCCUGGUGUCCGACCGGGACCAGAACCUGCUGGUGUACAUGUACCUGCCAGAAGCCAAGGAGUCCCUGGGUGGUCUCCGUCUCCUCCGUCGCGCUGAUUUCCAUGUUGGUUCUCGUGUCAAUGUUUUCUGGAGGACAAGGUGCAGGGGGGGAGGGGAGCGAAGGGGCAGCGCCUGGGACCAGAGACACGUCACGUGGUUCGCGACCCUGGACGGGGGCCUGGGGCUGCUGCUGCCCAUGCAGGAGAAACCUUAUAGGAGACUCUUGAUGCUGCAGAAUGCGCUGAGUGCAGCUCUGCCACAGCUGGCUGGGCUUAACCCACGGGCAUACAGGCUGCUGCAGUGCGGGCGCCGGGUGCUGCAGAACGCGGUCAGGAACGUGCUGGACGGGGAGCUCCUGGGCAGGUUCCUGCUCCUCAGCACUAUGGAGAGGGGGGAGCUGGCCAAGAAGAUCGGGACCACACCGGAGAUUAUCCUGGAUGACCUAUUGGAGAUCGACCGAGUGACGGCUCAUUUCUGAGCUCUGCCCCACACAUUGCCCCA